GCCUUCCCCAAGGGCUCUGAGGCUAAAGAAUUCAUGGAGCCAGCGGAACCACCGAAAUCUGACGCGACACUUGCAUUGUGGCGGAACCUGUUCUGAGCUUUCUUCCUCCUCUUGACCACCUCAUGAUCCAGCAAAUGCUCAGGUCAAACUCCAGAAAGGGUGGCGCCUGACCUCGGUACGAGUUCGCAGAUGUCAAAGACCACAACACACCACAAGACUCAAGUAGGUUCCUCAGGGCCCGCGACAGGACAGUCUUCUGCGGCCAAGCUAGCGUUUCCUGCAAACUCCAGGAGAAUGCUGGCGAACUCAGCGCUGCCCGAAUUUGUCUCAGGCCCUCACCUCGGUCAGCCAGGGUGUUAGAAUGGUAAAAGGGGAAGCGCGCUCCCACAGCGCCAAAGCGGCUGGGGUACUCGCCGAAAAUAAAAAGGUCUCUGUCUGCAAAUCCCGUUUGCUCGCCCGGUAAUCCACUCCCCGCCCCCAGCCCUGCGUGUGCGCCCCGUACAGCUGUUUUUAAUCCCUACUUUUCUCACUUGGCGUCCCGGGCUCGGGCAGACUAGACGCGGAGCCAGUUAGUGUUUCCUCCUCCCCCUGCCGGGGUCUGUCCUCCCUCCGCCGUCUCCUUUUUCUCCGCCCGCGUCCCCGGGGGCAGCGUGUGGGAAGAACGAAUUUCCGCCUGGUUUGCUCGCGCUCGCCGAGUUGGGUCCCUUCCGGACGCAGCCUGUUCUUUCGGGCGGUUCCACCCGCGCUGCGCUCCGAGUCCCCACCAAGACCCAGGAGGAGCCGGCUGCGGGGGCCGAGCCCCUGAGGCUACACAGCCAAGCCGCGCCCCCGAGGAGCUCUUGGAAGGGCUCCCUCCUGCAGUUGGGGAAUCCGCUGGGCAAGGAGAAUCCGCGCCAGGGAAUCCAGCUUUCCGGGCUCCGCUGCAAACAAAAAGCACCAAGGCUUGCUCCCACCCCCGUCCCUGACGCACACCCGGAGAAACACUUUUCUGCAGAAAUGCAACAAGUAGCACCCGGAGCUAGCGGAGAGCUCUGCGCCGCCUAACUUGGCCCCGGCGUAGCCCGCCUGCAGAAACAGAGGCCAGCCACCGGACAAAGAGCGGAGGAGGGGCUGGACUGCGCAGUGAAGUCCGAAAGAGGCCAUUCAGCGACUCUGGCCAGGCCAAGGGGAAUGCGGAGGAGACACGGAGCCGGCGGGCAGAGAGGACAAUCCGGCCGCAGCACGAAGGGCGGGCGGCAAUGGAAGCUGCCCACGCCGUGCGCUUCUUGCUCGUGGUGUGCGGCUGCCUCGCGCUCCCUCCGCGGGCGGAGCCGGUGUGCCCAGAGCGCUGCGACUGCCAGCACCCCCAGCACCUCCUGUGCACCAACAGGGGGCUCCGUGCUGUGCCCAAAACCAGCUCGCUGCCUAGCCCCCAGGACGUGCUCACCUACAGCCUCGGAGGCAACUUCAUAACUAACAUCACCGCCUUCGACUUCCACCGCCUAGGGCAGCUCAGAAGGCUGGACUUGCAGUACAACCAGAUCCGCUCUCUGCACCCUAAGACCUUCGAGAAGCUCUCCCGGCUGGAGGAGCUCUACCUGGGAAACAACCUCUUGCAGGCACUGGCGCCUGGCACGCUGGCCCCGCUGCGCAAGCUGCGCAUCCUCUAUGCCAACGGCAACGAGAUAAACCGCCUAAACCGCGGCUCCUUCGAGGGCUUGGAGAGCCUGGUCAAGCUGCGGCUGGAUGGGAACGCCCUGGAGGCGCUGCCAGACGCAGUCUUCGCCCCGCUGGGCAACCUGCUGUAUCUACAUCUGGAGUCUAACCGGAUCCGCUUCCUGGGCAAGAAUGCCUUUGCCCAGCUGGGCAAACUGCGCUUCCUCAACCUGUCGGCCAACGAGCUGCAGCCUUCCCUGCGCCACGCGGCCACCUUUGCACCGCUACGUUCCCUCUCUACUCUCAUCCUCUCGGCAAACAGCCUGCAGCACCUUGGCCCGCGUGUCUUCCAGCACCUGCCGCGCCUUGGCCUGCUGUCGCUCAGGGGCAACCAGCUCACCCACCUCGCGACGGAGGCCUUUUGGGGGUUGGAGGCCUUGCGCGAACUACGCCUCGAGGGCAAUCGCCUGAGCCAACUCCCCUUGGCGCUGCUGGAACCUCUGCACAGUCUAGAGGCGCUGGACCUAAGUGACAAUGAGCUGUCUGCCCUGCACCCCUCCAUCUUCGGCCACCUGAGCCGACUGCGUGAACUCAACCUGCGCGACAACGCGCUCAGUGCCCUCUCAGGGGACAUCUUCGCUGCCAGCCCGGCCCUCUACCGGCUGGAUCUAGACGGCAACGGCUGGACCUGCGACUGCCGGCUGCGAGGCCUGAAGCGCUGGAUGGGCGACUGGCACUCACAGGGCCGGCUCCUCACCGUCUUCGUACAGUGUCGCCAUCCCCCGGCCCUGCGGGGCAAGUACUUGGAUUACCUGGAUGACCAUCAGCUACAGAAUGGGUCCUGCGCGGAUCCCCGGCCCUCCGCAGCACCGACUGCGGAGCUAGGGCAGCGGCUCCUCCCCUCAGGCGCGGGGGAGGAGGAGACGACGCCCUCUGCAGGGGCUUUUGCUGAAGCGUUACCACCGCAGCCGCUGCCCCAACAGCGGGAGCGGUUGCUAGCUGGGAUUGUCUGGGACACAGCCGCCAGGGAGCUCGUGAGCAAUCGCAGUGUUCUGAGGCUGAGCCGGCUGGGUCCUGGUCUCCUGCAGCAUGUGGGCCCCUCUGCAGCUCCUGGCGUGGUCCCAGCUCCACAGACCCUGGACCUGCAGGAGAAGGCCGAGGCGGGACAUCCGACCCUCGCCGCUCCUGCCCACGCGGAGCCCACCCCGACGGCCGAGUCAGCCCUCGUGUCACCACUGGCCCGCGACCCCCGGCAGCGCGCAGCAAGGCAGCGUCUGGCCGCCGCCGAGCAGCAAGAGCGUGGUGCCCAGUCGGACGGCGGGGUUGGCCUGCCGCCGCUGGUGUCUGAUCCGUGUGACUUCAAUAAGUUCAUUCUGUGCAACCUGACCGUGGAGGCGGUGGGCGCCAACAGCGCCUCGGUGCGCUGGGAGGUUCGUGCGCACCGCAGCCCCCGACCCCUGGGCGGCGCGCGCUUCCGCUUGCUCUUUGACCGCUUUGGCCAGCAGCCCAAGUUCCACCGCUUCGUCUACCUGCCUGAGCGCAGCAACUCGGCCACGCUGCGCGAGCUGCGCGGAGACACCCCCUACCUAGUGUGCGUAGAAGGCGUGCUCGGGGGCCGAGUCUGUCCGGUGGCCCCCAGAGACCACUGUGCAGGGCUGGUCACCCUGCCAGAGCCCAGCAGCCAAGGCGGCAUCGACUACCAGCUGCUGACCUUGGCCCUGCUGGCCGUCAACGCACUGCUGGUGCUCCUAGCUUUGCUAGCCUGGGGGUCACGCUGGCUGCGGAGGAAGCUGCGGGCCAGGCGUAAGGGAGGGGCCCCCGUCCACGUUAGGCACAUGUACUCCACCCGACGGCCGCUGCGCUCCAUGGGCACUGGCGUCUCUGCCGACUUCUCCGGCUUUCAGUCGCACCGGCCACGCACUACCGUGUGCGCACUCAGCGAGGCUGACCUCAUCGAGUUCCCCUGCGACCGCUUCAUGGACAGCGCUGGUGGGGGCGCUGGUGGCAGCUUGAGGCGGGAGGACCACCUCCUUCAACGAUUUGCAGACUAGAUGGAGGACUUCCAGGAGACCAUCUUGGCUUAAGAAGUUUCUCUGUGGCCCCGGCACCCACCUCAGGGGAGAGCCUUAUUUUAUCAAAUCUGUUCCCCUCUUGUGCAUUUGCCAGAUAGGCCAAGGGGACAGAGGACCAACUCACCAGUCAGUGCGUGUGAAGUAAAUGGAUAGUAUGUGGGGCUUAAGGCCAGUGGUAGGCGAGUGGUGUAUGUGGGGCAGAGGUGGGAGACCUUGGCAGCUCGGGGAUGGCUUCUGUAUUGGAUGCAGCACAGUAAUCUGGCCUCCUCUGGGGUGGAUGGGAGCGCCCAUAACCCCAGUGCGUCUGGAAGGAUUCUGGUGCAUGCUCUAUGUUUGCCCAGUGUCAAAACAGGAGUUUUGUUUCUAUUUAAGAAAAAGGAACUUAGCACCAUUACAAAGGACACUUGGCAACUGAUCCCACUGGUUUGGUGGUCUCUGCCAAGGAAGUUGUUGUGAGCAGGUGGGAAUAUUCUCAUCUAGCAACUCGUUUAUGCUGACUGGUAGAGCAUUCAGGAAACCGGAAGGUAAAAUAAUAACAAUGUUUUUUUCUUCAACAAUGUGAAGAUCUCUGACAUUUAACACACUGACCAGUAAACUCAAUGACUGUUUUAGUUGGACUGGGUCAUUCAACUAUUUGCCUUUUAACAUGAGCAAGAUAAGCACAUUGGGUUUCUUUGACAGUAACAAAAACUUGUAUACUUUCUCAGGAGAAGGCUGCAUGCAAGACCUCUCUGUCAGGGUUGUUCCUGUGGUUUUAAUUUUAUUUUUUAAACUUAUAUGUAUGGAAAAGGAAAUUUCAAUGUCAGAUUCCAUAAAAGAAAGUACUAUGUAUGCAACUGAUGACCUCCUAGGGAACCCUGGCGUCCAAGUUCACUUAACCACAUUUCUGACCAUGUGUCCAGAUGGGAAUAAACAUGAUGCUCUUGUUGCAUUUUUAUCAGUGCCACUCAGUUCUGUGCCUACUUCUCCUGAGUUACAGUUAAGUAAUAAAGGUGAUUUCCUAAUGGGGAAGCAAAAGGAAUUGUCCAGGCUAGGGGUAGUUCAGUGGUAGAGCACUUGCUUAGCUUGUGUAUGAGGUCCAGGAUUUGAUGCCCAGAAAAGUAAGAACAAAAUAAAAGGUGAUUGUGAGUUGAUAGUAUAGUCUUUGACCACAUUAAUCCAUUUCUUUAGACAAUAUAGAAGACAAGAAAAAAUUAUGGAAAAGAAAUGUGAAAAGAAAUACAUCAGUGGGUAUCUGCUUAUACUAAAACCAGAACGCUUAAACCUCACUGUGAAGUAAUUAUAUAUUUUUCAAAUUAAUCUUUCCACUACCAAGUGUUUCACUGUGUUAUUAAAUCUUUUAGUAAACACUUGCCAUAUUUUCUUUUCAGUGCUUUAAUUUUAAACUUAGGGUUAGGCUUUUUUUAUUGUUCAGUGUUUUCAGCUAUCUAGGAUAGUUUUAUUCCCUGAUAUUUAUGAAGUACUUGUUUAUCACUAAAUGUAGUGGUUGGCUUUACAUUACUAAUUGUGUGUGGUCUAAAAAUGCAGUUACUAAGAGGGUAUGCGCUGUGGUUAUAUUUACUGUAGCUGUGGAUUUAUUGUCAGUAGAAUACUGUGGGGGCCACUACAAUGGUGCUAAGACUUUACAGUCAAUCUUCUGUUUAGGGCCACCAACCCUGAGGGUCCUGGUGUCUCAGGGAAUCCAUCACAGUGGGGGGGUGUCCUUCAACCCAAUUCACUCCAUCUACAUUUGGCCUACAUUGAGCCAGGCCCCCUUUUAUCCCAACCAGUGAGCAGGUAUCUAGGGAUCUAAAUUAGCUGGUCUUUGUUUACGUGGAGAUGAGUAAAUGUUCAGUUCACUUAAACUACAGCUGCUUUUCUAGCAGGCUUGUCUGGGGCCCAAACUUAAUAAACCACAGGAAAUAGACUGUCAUUCUUUGUUUGCUGCCAGAGCUUGUUUUAGAUUCGGAGCAUAUGGGUACACGGGAGAGGUAGAGCUGAUCUCUUAUUUUCUACCCGUAGGCUAUCUGGCUCCUUUUAUAUUUCUGACUUUUUUUCAUGCAUAGUGAAAUUCCCUUUCUUAGCCAUUUCUUUUGCACAGCAGUGGAAUAUUGAAUCCCACUGAAAAUCUGGAAAAGCCCUCUAAUUCUAUCUACCACUCAUCCUUUCAUCUGCAGAACAUCACUGAAAAUGCCAAAUCCCUGGAUCUGUGUUCUUUUUAAAAUAGCAUCACUGGAAAGUCAGUGAGAAAUGGUUAAAUGUCAUACAUUGUUAUGUUCACUUAUGUCAAUAAACCCAUUUACUAAUAUAAAGUUGUUUUAUUGUUGGAGUUUCCAAAUGUUUUAUUCUUUCUUAAUGAUAUGAUCUAUGUCAUUUCUCACAUCAGUUUUCAUCUGUGAAAAUGAAAUACAACACUGAAGGCUUUCUGUCCCUAUUCAAUGUGUUUUAAAAAUUUCCAUGUCCAUAGUACAGCAUGAACCUCAGCGUAAAGAGUGGGGUAUGUGACUAAACUUAGAGAGACUAUGAGAGGACUCUGAAGGCUGAGGGUCAGUGGCAGUGUGAAAAUGCUGCUGAACAUCAGUAACUGCCCUGUGACUAGGUCUCAGCAAGGCUUGCCUAUCUGAAUAAAAGUAAGUGAAAAGUCAAACCCUUUGACUCUCACAGUCAACAACACAAAGGAAUUAUCUUGGGUUAGAAGUCAUUUGUUUGCCCUUACGAACAUUAUGAAGAGAGCAAAUUCCUGAAAAAGACUGUACUUUUGUAUGAGUUAGGAGUAGCCAAAGAGCCAGCAGGCAAUCUGGAAGAUGGUGUGACCCUCAGCUUCAACAGUGGGAUUUCUGCUUCCACCAGGGAGAGAAUUUUCAAAGUUGGUAGGUAAUAACACAUGACCAGAAGGGCUUCUUUACUUUGCCAUACCCCUGAUUUUCACCAAAGGACAGCAACAUGGGUACUUACUGUAUACUAAGAAAGUUUUAAAAUAGAUCUGGCAUUGGUAGUUAAUCACUUUUUCUUUUCUAAGACUUUGAGACAAAGGACAAUGAAGCACUUCCAGUGCCCAAGAUUCAUUCAAAAUUCCACUCAGGAUCAGCACCUUCUCCAUCCUAAGGCAAUUAGCACUAUGAGAUUUAGAAUAAUAAACAGCAUUCAACAGCACCAUUGAUUCUAUGGCUGUUCAAUAAAUAUUAAAUGUAGCAUCAUUAGUAGUGCUGUCUUGAAUACCGGCCAAGAGGCGGUGUGAUCCUUUUGUGAAGUUUCAGGAGCAAGACAUGUCUGCUUAAGUUCCAGCCAACCAAAAAUUUCAGAUCAUGAGAUUAUACCAACCCCCUCCUUCCAC